AUUUGCUGUUCACAUCAUACCGCUCGACACUGUUGCACAAUUGAUUUAGUGCUGGAUAAGAGAAACAAAGACGAACUGAGAAUUGAAAACGCUUCACAUUGAAUUAUCAAAAUGGCGGGUCCAGCGCGACGAUUAGCACGACCGACACUAUUCAUCUGCGACCUCCAAGAGAAAUUCGCCAAAGCAAUCUACAACUACCCCGCCGUAAUCGCCACGACGCAAAAACUGCUCAAAGCCUCCCAAAUCCUCUCCAUCCCCGUCGUCGCAACAACUCAACUCCGCUCCAAACUCGGCGAGACAUGUCCCGAAUUGAAACUCGAUGCUCCGGAGGGAGUGCAAACGAUCGUGCAUGCGGAUAAAUCGAAAUUUUCAAUGUGGACGCCGGAGGUGCAGAAGGCAUUUCAAGAGUUGGGGAGCGAGAAACGGGAAUGUGUGAUUGUGGGGAUUGAAAGCCAUAUUUGUGUUACGCAGACGACGCUGGAUUUGUUGAGGGAGGGGCAUAAGGUGUAUGUGAUUGCGGAUGGGGUGAGUAGUUGUAAUCCGCAGGAGAUUCCGAUUGCGUUGCAGAGGUUGAGGAGUGAGGGGGCGGUGGUGACGAGUUCGGAGAGCUUUUUGUAUGAGUUGAUGGGGGAUGCGAAGAUUGAGGAAUUCAAGGCGAUUGCUGGGCUGGUGAAGGAAUAUAAUGCAAAGACUAAGGAGAGCUUGCAGGCACUGUGUAAGUUUUGAGGGUUGGAGGCCGGAUACGAGACAUGCUGUGAAUGAUUUGAAUGAGAGUCGACGUGUCUGAAACUGUACAGUCCUGUGCAUGUGAAUGAAUUGAGAAAUGAUUAAUCAGGUCGUGAGCGCUCGGGUAAUACAUGAGCGCAGCGCGUGUCGCCGAAUUCGUCAAAGUAUGGGUAGAGGUCCGAAGGGGGAUAUUUUUGUCCUGGGUCGGUCAGCAGCGCUGAGCAUAAUGCCUGUUCUGCUCCAUCAGGCCGUCGCUGUUCUGCACUCCUGGAGCACGACGGCUGACAGGGCACUCGGCUCACGCAUAAGCCACGAGGAUAGCAUGCAUGCAGUGAGGCGCGAUUCUGGAACGCGAAAAGCGCGGUGCAGCGUGCAAGUGGCGUGUUUGAUGUCGGGCCAGGAGAAUUGGGAUUGAUGACUGCGUGGGCCACGCAGGCAGGAGGAGAGUUUAAUGGGGGGA